CUCCAAGCCACCCAGAAUGAUCCGUUUACCUUUAUCGUCUGUGCAGAUACACAAAUAGGCAUUGCCAGCCAGAACCGCGAAUGGGAAACGGAACUCGCGUACAGCCGCGAUGCCAUUCGACUGCUCAACAAGCUGGAGCCCCGGCCUCUCUUUUGCUGUGUGUGCGGCGAUCUCGUCGACAUGGAGUCGACCAUUUUUGCCACCUGGUCGGGCGGGGAUGCCGCCGCAAUCGAACGAUGCGACGAAGUUCAAAAUGCCCAAAAUCGGGAUUGGAAAGCUACGUGGAAUGCUUUGCACGAGGACAUUGCCCUCGUAUGCGUGUGCGGAAACCACGACGUGGGCAAUCGUCCCAACGCUGCCACGAUGCAGCGUUUCGUGGCCGCCUUUGGUGACGAUUAUUUAGCAUUCUGGGUACGGAAUACGUACAACAUUGUACUGAACACAAACUUGUUUAGUGACCCAACCGAUGCUAUGGAAAUGUACGAACACCAGCUGGCUUGGUUGGAAUCCAGAUUGUGCUACGCACAGGAGCAAAAGGCCUCGCAUGUUUUCGUCUUUGGUCAUCAUCCCUGGUUUUUGUACCAUCAAGACGAGACGGAUGACGAAAUGUCGGGCGCUUCGGCAUUUCCCAAAGAAUGGGGCGAAUCUACUACAACUUUUCCCGACCGCUACUUUCAUAUACCAUUGCAGUAUCGAAAGCAAGCGCUGGCCUUGUUUGAACAAUACAGCGUAACGGCGGCCUUUUCGGGUCACUUUCAUCAAAAU